CCUUGAUCCAUCCCAUUUGUUAGGGUUUAACAGAGUUCCAAUUGUGUUACGUUGCAGAGAGUCUGAAAGCAAAUGAUUUCGUUUUUGUCGGCAGUGCGUGUUGGAGUCCGCUCUCAUGCUCUUGUGGCUGAUUACAGAAGCAUCUCUACGGCAAAGAUUCCUAAGAAAAAGGAGAAACAGAAGGCAAAGGUAGCAGUCGCAGCUCUGUUGAAGAAGGAAAAGCGAAGGACCCGUUCCGACCGAGAAUUCGAGCAGAUUGAUUCAGUUCGUGAUCAGCCGCACGUCCCUGUUAUGUUGGGUGAAGUUACGGAUGUCUUCUCAAAACCCAUUUGCUCUUUCGUCGACUGUACCCUCGGCGCUGCUGGUCAUUCUUCCGCGAUAAUCGAGUCUCACCCUGAACUGAGAGUUUUUGUUGGAAUGGAUGUUGACCCUCUUGCAUAUGAUGUGGCUUGUUCUCGUAUCCAUGCUCUUUCCAACUCCCACGCUCGUUCUGAUCUCAAAGUUUGUACAUUUCUCAAGAAUUUCAAACAUAUUAAGUCUGUGCUUAGCGAGGUUGAUCAAAGCAUCCUGAAUUCUGGAGUUGAUGGUAUGUUGAUGGACUUGGGAAUGUCAUCCAUGCAGGUCAACAAUCCUCAAAGAGGGUUCAGUGUUCUUGGUAACGGGCCUCUUGAUAUGCGCAUGGAUCCUCAGGCAAGUCUAAAAGCAGAAGAUAUAUUGAAUUCCUGGCCAGAUACUGAAGUUGGCCGAGUCUUGCGGGAUUAUGGAGAAGAAAGUAAUUGGAAAUUGCUUCAGAAUAAGAUUCUUAAGGCUCGUCUUCAUGGCGGAUUGCAUUCCACCAGUGAACUGGUAGAUCUUAUCCGGGAUAUGACACCAGCGAGAAGGGGAGGCAGGCAAGGUUGGAUAAAGACUGCUACACGGGUGUUUCAAGCCCUGAGAAUAGCUGUUAACGAUGAACUGAAGACACUGGAGGAUUCCCUGCGUGCUUGUUUUGACUGCCUUGCCCCUGGGGGUAGGCUUGCUGUCAUCUCCUUCCAUAGUUUGGAGGACAGAAUUGUGAAACAAACAUUUCUUAAAAUUAUUGAGUGCAACAAGGAAUAUGGAGAUAGGGAUGAUGAAGAGAGAGGAAGUAGAAAUUUGCAAAAGAAAGGGAGUGACAGUGAUGAAAAAGAAGCAUGGAUUAGACAGAGUUUACAAGGGUUGAAUGGAACAAUCCUCACAAAAAGACCAAUAACACCAUCUGAAGAAGAAGAAAAAUUGAACAGCCGGUGUAGGAGUGCCAAGCUCAGGGUGAUUCAAAAGGCUUGAAGAUGGCUAAAUUGUAGUGGCUGAUUUAACAAUGCCUAUGAGUUUUUAGAGGGUGACAGAAGUACUGUGUGUAAAAAUGUUAUAGGUACUGUUUUCCAAUUUGGAUAAAGAGAGUGCCUUGUUUUCCCUCACAUAAAGACAAACCCAAAAUUUGGCCUAUGGACUUUCAAAAUGUUCUCAAUUUUGUCCUUAAAGUACGCUUGUUAGCGAAUAAGUCCCUAUUCUUUUU